CAACUUCAGCUCCCCAGCGAACGUCACUCCACUCACCAUCAUUCGUCUUUCGGUGCACCUUGCCUUCAACACUCGGAGCGACACCCAAGAACAGACCUCGAUAACAUCAAUUCGUCCCCACCUUCUACAAAGGACAUAGGCGACAUCUGUGCAAAUCCAUAUUCCUGCCCAUCUCGCCAGGGAUCCUCCCCCACAAACCUUCCAUCCCCACACCGCCCGAGUGGCCGAUAUCUCCGCACCCCGAGGAAAGGAUGUCCCAGACGCGCAAGUCGGCCGCCGCCGCCACCGGCCUGGGCCGGCAGUCCAAGCUUAGCUUCGCGCACCGCGUCACCAAGCCCUCGGCAGCCCGGGCCGUUGGCAAGGACCUGGCUGCCGCGACACCGAACCCCGUGGCGGCAGUCCCGGAGAAGACCGCCCUUGCCCCUGCCGAGGUGGUCGACGUCACGGCCGACGACAUCCCCGAGCAGGAGGAUGAGGAUGAUGAGGAGCAGCACUACACGGUUGCGACCGCGGCCGCCCCGGCGCCCGUUGUCAAGUCCGCCGCGGAGCUCGAGGCCGAGCAGGUCAGCGACGCGCAGGUCGGGCGGUACUGGAGGUCGCUCGAGUCGCGGCGACUGGCGCCCCGGGUGCACCAGGGCGACCUGGACGUGGACGAGAAGGUGCUGCGGUACUUUGAUGUCAGCUCUCAAUAUGGGCCAUGCAUCGGUAUCUCGCGCAUCAGGCGGUGGAACCGCGCCGAGAGGCUUGGGCUGAGGCCGCCCAUCGAGGUGCUCGCUAUUCUGCUCAAGGAGGAAAAGGGGGCCGUCUCGGGGGCUCAUAUGGAUGAGAUCAUGAACCCUAGUGCGGCUGGUCUUGAUGUUGCUUGAAGUCUUUACCCCUCUUUGCAACAGCGGCUGUAGACCCAUUGGUGUUUUCUGUUUCUUUUUCUUUUGCUCUCAGCCCCCCAUCUCUAUGGCUUGUCUGGGACAUGGGGUGAUACGCCCCAUGCCCACCCUCUCUUGCUAUUUUUUGCUCGUCUGAUAUGAUGGCGUCGGUUGGUAUUAGGUGCGUCUUGGGUGUGGGCGGUUGUAUUGUACAUUUUACAACAAUUCUAUUCUUUUUGCUUCUCGAACCCCUGCUGGGCAGUGUUGAGUUGUGGAAACGACAUAGCCAGGUCUAUCCAGUCCGUAUCUCCCUCAUUCCGGCAUGGCCGCUCGGCCUCCUCAGUACCAGAUGCUUCUCGUCCUAUGGUGGGGUAUAACCUCGGUUCCUGCCGCCUCAUUUUCUUUCAUCAGAUCGUACAGGAAAAAGUCUAUGAGGAUAGCAUUGAUCUUGGUGUCUGGAUGAUUCCGCUUAAUCUCCUUCCUGAUGAGCUCCACGCACCAUAUACUGCACGCUGCUGGGGAGUUAGCACCGCAGCAC